AACAGAACGUCUGGCUGGUCAAAUCAGAUUUAGCGGUCAAAGGGGUAUGUUCGGACCAGAUGGCAUCCAGUCACUCAACCGGAUCAACAUGUUUAUUGGGCGAGAGGGUAUCUACCGCUACCUUUGUCUCGCCGUGCUUCCAAACCACGGUGAAUUAUCGACCCUCCUCAAGGGCGACCUUUGCGAAAAGGACGGAAACGAUCCCAUGUACGAUGAGGAAUUGCUGGCAAUGUGUAAAGAGGGCUUUGAUAAGGUCGCUGUGAGGCUGCAUGCAGACAUCGUCGUACAGGAUGAGUUGAGGCGGGCCAGAACAAGUAGCCAUGGGGUGGCGGUGCAAGAGUGAUUGACAUGGGGUGCGGGUAAUGUUGGGUGAACCAAAUAUGUAAGAAUAAUGUCGGCG